CGGCCUUAUCCAAACGACCCUCCUCGUGAUAUUCUCGGAGGUGGUAACAGUUUGCACUGGCUGCAUCUUUCACUCCUUUUGUCUGUAUCCCAUGUCUGGCCUGAGAUCUUGAAGAGUGGGCACUUUCCGGCUUGGAACUCUAUCGAAUCUUUAAAGUGGCUCCGCAACGAAGUCAUGAAGUUACCCCGUCAUACUAACCACCGACGGUGAAGCCCUCUUUGUUCGCAUCCUUGUCUGGGUUUUUUGACACUACCUCUGCUCGAACCCAUUUUUCUUUUAUCUGAAAAUUCAUCAUGAGUUUUCUCGAUUCUGUUCUCUCGUCCAUCGAGACGGGCAAACCGUCCCCAAUCCCCCAAGUUUCCUCCACCGUAUCGCCACCUGUCACUUCCUCCACUGUCAGAACCGAAGUACGCAAGACCAGUCUUGGACCACGGAAUGCUCCCCCAACAACAGAACGGAAACCCCUCAUGCAGGGGAUAAAGCGCAAAGCCGACGAGUCGCUGCCCCGUUCGUCAAAAUUGGCACCGCCAGCCCCUUUCAGAUCAACCGCCACGAAACCCACAAUCCCCGCAGCUGGAAGGGCACGUCCCAGUGCUCCCACAGCUGCUGUGGCGUCUGCCUCCACAAGUCGCUCAUCCACGCCUCAAAGAUCAGCGCAGGUGUCCUCGAAACCACCCCCCAAAGGCUCAUUUGCAGACCUCAUGGCAAAAGCCAAGGCGCUACAGGAAAAGACCCCCACACAGGUGGGUAUGUUCAAGCAUCAGGCUGCUACUAAGGAGAAGCUUAGCAAGGUAGAACGAAAGAAACGAGCGACAGAAGCUCAAACCAAAGAGAAGGAUAGUCGGUCGGCUAAAAAGCCUGGCGCCACUGCUACUGCAGCUGGAAGUGCCAAACCUGGUGUCACGAAGCCGGUGAAAAAGCGGGAGCCAGAAGAGCUCUCCUACAAAGGCACUUCACGACCUACACCCCGUCCCGCACAACCCGAAUAUCGUGGAACAGCGGGCUUGCCGGCCAAACGGAAUCCGAAUGAACUCAGGGCCCAGUCUCGAAGCAAACGGUCGAGAAUGGAUGAGUACUUGGGAACCGAUGAGGAAGAUGAGGGUGACUAUGCCGACGACUACGAUGACUAUGAUUCGGGAUCUUCAGAUAUGGAGGCCGGCUACGAUGCUAUGGAGGAGGAAGAAGCUGCUGCUCUGGCGGCGGCCAGGCGCGAGGAUGAGGAGGAAUGGAAUGCUGAACAGGCAGCCAAGCAGGCUAAAAUGGAACGCCUCAAGAAGCUCACUGCGCUGGCUGCGCGUCGAUAA